CAGCAGAAGUGGACUGCAGCCAAAGCAUUCAAAGACAAAAACAGAUGUGAGGCAGGUCUUUUUGGACACCCUCACUCAGUCUUACAUAUCUGAAAAAACAACAACAACAAAAAAAACAACAGAACCUUUCUCUACAAACUUAGGAUGUCCCAAGGCAACUUUGUCUUUUCAUCCACGGCCUUGCGUUCUCUCGAACUUGACAAGGACAUGCUGGAGAGGCACAAUUACAAAACACAGCUUGCUACCCAUCACCUCAGCAGCUAUAUCCUGAAGAAGGAGGCAAUGGAAAGAGCACAGAGGAGGUCCACUUUUGCUCGGCAACCAGCCGUCUGCCAAGAUGUCGUCAUCCACAAUGCUUUAUAUACAGGAGAUGUAGAGGCUUUGAAGCGUUUCUUUCCAAGAGGAUCCAUGGCAAACCUUGUCAUAGAGCCGAAGGGAGGGGAGAUGCGAUGGACGGCCCGGGGAGAAGGACUGUGGUCUCUGACUUAUGAGCAAGAGCUGACUACGCCACUUCACAUCACAGCAGGUCGAGGAUUUGUAGACUGCCUGAGUCUCCUGCUUCAACGUGGGGCAAAUGUAGACCUGGCUCCUGGAGGCACCACUGCGCUGCACGAGGCCUGUGAAAGCUGCCAGGCAGAGUGCGCCAAAUUGCUGCUGAUGUAUGGAGCGAACGCAAAUGCCGUCUCAGAAGACGGGCUGAUGCCUUUGCAUGUUUGCACAAGCUCUGAGUCCUUAGAAUGUGCCAAGUAUCUCCUUCAGUAUGGUGCCACAAUUAACGGUUGCACUCUCGAUGAAGAAGAUGCUCCGUUACACAUCGCAGCCAGGCACGGCCUCCACGACCACGUUGAGCUCUACCUGCGCCAUGGAGCGGCUGUGGACAAACAGAACGAUGAGGGUCUCACGCCUCUGAAUGCAGCCUGUGCCCAGCCUCAGGAGAUCAAGGAUCUUGGACGUUACUUGAAGGUGUGCCAGAUGCUGCUGGAUGCCGGUGCUGAUGUCCACACUAAGGAUCAGGACAAGCACACUCCUUUACACAUGGCUUGUAAGAAUGCCAAUCCAGACGUAGUGGAUCUGUUGCUUGCUAAGGGGAGCAGUGUUAACAAUAUGGACUAUGGUGGAGAAGCUCCCAUGCAUAACAUCCUGAAGGUGGUUUGCUACAAGGUCUCCCAUCAUCCUGAGAGGAUUGUCCGUGCUCUGCUCAACCAUGGCUCCAUUCGAGUCUGGCCUGGUGCUCUCCCUGUGGUUCUGAAGCACUGCUCAGAAUCUCCGCACACUAUCGAGGUUCUUCUGAAUGCCUAUAGUCACCUGAAAGUCACAGACACAUGGGUUGAGUCUGUGCCUGAAGAUGCACUUAAGGAGCACAAAGACUUCUAUGAGUCCAUCUUCUCCUUAGCAAUGACUCCUCGGUCCCUGCAGCACUUGGCACGCUGCAGACUCAGGAGUUUUUUGGAGGGCCGAGUUCACAAAGUGGUCCCAAAGCUUAAUCUGCCCACCUUCAUGAAGGACUACCUACUCCUGAACUGCAGAGGAUAUGUGCACUGAAAUAAUGUCGUAUUAGUAAGAGUGGUGGGUGCAGCUAGAUGGUUUGUCUCUUUAACUUUUAAAUUAAGUUUUAUUGGCUCACAACUAGGUAAUGACAGCUUGUUCUAGAGGAAGCAGCUGCUGCUUGUUUUUUUUUUUUUUUUUUUUUUUUUUGCAAUCACUUUUAAUCCAGAUCAACUGUUUUUAGCACAAUGACUGGGGAUUUUCCACCACAAGAGGGAGCUAUAGACUAUAACUGAUCAAGCAAGAGAUGGAAUUCUUGGUUUUUGUUUUAUAUUUUGCUAAUUUAAAUGUAUUUAUUAAUUUGCAUAUACAAAUGAAGAGAAUAACUUGUUUGUGAUUUUUUUUUUACACUGUACCCAGAAAUUGUGCCCUGUGCAGUAAAUAUUUGUAUUAGUACUGUUUCUGACAGAAAUAAGAGAUUAAGGGAAUUUAAGUCAAAAUUAGACU